AUGAAUCAACAAAUACAACAACAAAAACAACAACAACAAACCAAUGAUGAAGAUGAUGACAUAUUAUCAAAUGUAUUUUCAAAUACAUCAUUUAUAGUUGAUCCGGAUUCUAAUUUUAAAAAAGAAGAAAAUACAAGAUUAAAACAAUAUAAAUCAAUAAAUUCAAAUCAACAUGAAAAGAGAAUUCAAUACUUUUUAGAUAGACAAAAAGAAAAGAGAAGAAGCUUAUUAUCACAUGUUAGACAAUUAAUUACAUUACCAACAAAUGAUACUUCAAUUGAAAUUAAUACAAAUACUAAUACUACUACUAAUAGUAAUAAUAAUAUUAAUAAUAAUGAUGAUGUUUCAAUGAAUGAAGAUGAAAAUAUUUAUGAUAAUAGUAAUAAUAAUAAUAGUAAAAAUAAUAAUAAUAAUAAUAAUAAUAAUAAAAAAGAUAAAUUUAAAGAAAUUAAUAAAAAAAAACAACAAAAUAAAUCAACUAAACAAGAUUUAUUAUAUUCAAAUCAUUUAAUGUUAGCAGAGGGUAUGGUACAUAUACCAAUUACUUUAGAGAGAGAAUGGUAUUGUGUACCUGUACCACUUGGAUAUCGUUGUUUAGUAAUCUCACAGAAUGAUUGGACAAUAGUUAGAUCAGCAGAGAAUGGUCAAGUUUUAAAGAGAUUUAAAAGUUUAUUACCAUUUGGUAGUGAAGAAUCAAGAGAAUCAUGUCCACCCCAAAAUCAGCAUUGUAUAUUAGAUUGCAUAUUUCAAGAUACUGAAAAUACCUUUUACAUUUUAGAUAUCCUAUCUUGGAAAGGUUAUAUAUUAUAUGAUUGUGAUACUGAAUUUAGAUUCUUUUGGAGGGAUUCGAAAUUAUUAGAAUCAAAGUUACAUCAAGGUCAACAAACAAAACAAAAAGAAAAUCAAAUAGAAAAAGAAAAUGAAAAUGAAAAUCAAGAAGAAAAAGAGGUUACAUUUUUAUCAAUACCAUAUUUUAGUUCAAAGGUUGAUUCAUUAGAACAAAUUAAAUUUGACUAUUUAUUAAAAAGAAAUAAUGCCAACACUGAUAAACAAAUUUUACAAUAUAAAACCGAAUUUUUAUUAUUUUAUCAUAAAUCAUCACAUUACGAAUUUGGUACAACUCCUUUAUUUUGUUCUUUAGCUAUUGAAUAUAUUGAUACCGUUAUUGAAGUUUUAAAUUAUAGAAAUCAAUAUGGUACAGAGGAGGAGGAGCAAGAAGAAGAAGAACAAGAAGAAAAAUAUCAACAAGAAAAAGAACAGAUUGAAAAUAAUUAUAGUUUUAAUAGUAGUGAUAAUGACUAUGAAAUGAAUAAAUAA